CUCUCGAGAGCGGCGGUCUCACAUCUCUGACCUCUCGCGUUUUCCCCAUUGAUUUUUUGAAAGCGGAUAGGCCGAGAGAUCACCGGGAAAAUCUCCGUUAUCACGAAUCCCCGCCUGACGUCUCAGCUGGGAGGCUCAACCAGUCCAGCGGCUGAGGAGAGUGGGAAGACUGAAGUUUUAUAUGAGAAGAAAGGUGCCCAGUGAGUAUUUUGGAGGAGGAGGACGAGCAGGGGCAGGAUGCAACCAACGCGUCCCAGCCGCGUGCCAGCCAGGCGGGCAAGACACUGAGGACAAGGGGCCCCCCUGGGUCUGGAGCCCCUCCGACGCGGCCCCCGCCCCGACUGACCCCCAGUCCCAGCAGGCCAGCAGCCAGCGCUACCCGUGCUCCGCCCUGCUCCGCAAGGCAGCGGACACGCCUUCUAGCGCCCCGUCGGUUGCCCCGGCGCCGGGCGUUGCCAUGGCGUUCACUCUGUCGGAGAUCAUGGCGGCUCGACGACAGCAGCAGCAGCAGCAGCAGCAGAGGGGUGGAGCGGCGCGCGGGGUGGUGGAGGUGGACGAGUACAGCUCCAACCCCACCCAGGCCUUCACCUUCUACAACAUCAACCAGGGCCGCUUCCAGCCGCCACACGUCCACAUGGUGGAUCCUUUGCCACAUGACACCCCCAAGCCGCCUGGUUACACACGCUUUGUGUGCAUCUCGGACACACACUCCCGCACCGACGCCAUCCACAUGCCCUACGGCGACGUCUUCAUCCACGCCGGGGACUUCACUGAGCUGGGCCUGCCCAGCGAGGUCAAGAAGUUCAACGACUGGCUCGGCACGCUUCCAUAUGACAUCAAGAUUGUGAUCGCCGGCAACCACGAGCUGACCUUUGACCAGGAGUUCAUGGCCGACCUGAUCAAGCAGGACUUCUACUACUUCCCGUCGGCGUCCAAGCUGAAGCCGGAGAACUACGAGAACGUCCAGUCCCUCCUGACCAACUGCAUCUACCUGCAGGACUCCGAGGUCACGGUCAGGGGCUUCCACAUCUACGGCUCGCCCUGGCAGCCGUGGUAUUACGGAUGGGGUUUUAAUCUCCCGAGGGGACAGGCGCUGCUGGACAAAUGGAACCAGAUCCCAGACAACACAGACAUCCUAGUGACACACUGCCCUCCUCUGGGCUUCCUGGACUGGGUCCCCAGGAAGAUGCAGCGUGUGGGGUGUGUGGAGCUGCUCAACACGGUGCAGAGGAGAGUCCAGCCCAAAACACACGUCUUCGGGCACAUCCACGAGGGGUACGGCAUGAUGACGGACGGCACCACCACCUACAUCAACGCCUCUGCCUGCACAGUCAACUUCCAGCCCAUGAACCCGCCCAUCGUCUUCGACCUGCCCAACCCUACACGGAGCACAUGAUUGGACCCUCAGACCCCUCCCCGACCCCCCCCAUCCCCCAGCCCACCCGCUUCUCACCAAUCAGGGCCCUAAUGAGUG